GGGGUGUGGAGAAUAGGAGUCGAACUGCAGAGAGGGAGUAAGGGAAGAGACACCGAGGGAGGGGAAAAGGUCAGGGACACGGGGGGGUUCAUCGCACUGCCAGAAAUAAGGAGAGUGUCUACACAAACGAUUUGGCAGACGAAACCAAGGAAACGAAGAGAAAUAAACCGGCAACCCCCGCUCUCCAACGCUCAUAUUUUCGCGCGGAUUAGUGUGGAUUUUUUUUUUUUUUUUUUACCCACUUUGAACCCUUUCCCCCCUCCAGGGACAGGUAUUGUGUUUAGGUGAAUUCCAGGUGACGCGGAGUGAAUUUUGGACCGUGCGUAAUCUGGGGAGUUUAUUGCCACGCUGCGUCCAGGAUGCGCGUCUGUCCGCUGCUGAUCGUCCUCUGUCUGCUGUGCGCCGGACGCGCUCAAAAGUUCUCCGCACUCACGUUCCUGCGGGUGGAUCAGGAUAAAGAGUGCAACAUGGAAUGCAGCGGAGCUCCUCGCAAGCCCCUGUGCGCCUCAGACGGCAGGACCUUCACGUCUCGCUGCGAGUUCCUGCGAGCCAAGUGCCGCGACCCCCAGCUGGAGGUCAUCCGAGGGCCAUGCAAAGAUACAUCCAGAUGUGUAGCAGAGAAGAAGUACACAGAGCAGCAGGCCAAGAAGCUCUUCCCGCAGGUUUUUGUGCCUGUAUGCAACCCUGAUGGCACGUACAGCGAGGUUCAGUGUCACAGCUACACUGGAUACUGCUGGUGUGUCACCCCCAAUGGCCGACCCAUCAGCGGCUCAGCUGUGGCCAAUAAAAAACCCCGAUGCCAAGGGUCAAAGCAGGAGAGAGCAACUACCAGAGAGCCAGGUAAAGCAGAUGAGACCGGCCUAGUGGUGGAUCCGCACCCUCCCGCAGACGAAGAAGAUAUCAUUUCCCAGUACCCCACUCUGUGGACGGAGCAGGUCCGCAGCCGACAGAACAAUAGAACCAGAGCGCCAUCUUCAUCUUGUGACCAGGAGCAGCAGUCUGCCCAGGAAGAGGCGAGACAGCACAAAAACGACGCCGUAUUUGUCCCAGAUUGUGCCCAGGGCGGGCUCUACAAGCCAGUCCAGUGCCACCCCUCCACUGGAUAUUGUUGGUGUGUGUUGGUAGAUACCGGGCGUCCGAUACCAGGGACCUCCACCAGAUAUGAGCAGCCAAAAUGUGACGGCAAUGCCAGGGCCCACCCAACUAAACCCAAAGACCACUAUAGGAGCAGACAUCUUCAAGGCUGUCCUGGGGCAAAGAAAACAGAGUUCCUGACGAGCGUACUCGACGCUCUGUCGACAGACAUGGUGCACGCUGUCACAGAUCCAGCAUCCGCAGGAAGGAUGGCUGAGCCUGACCCCAGUCACACCCUGGAGGAGAGGGUGGUCCACUGGUAUUUCAGUCAGCUGGACAAAAACUCCAGCGGGGACAUCGGAAAGAAGGAGAUCAAGCCUUUCAAACGCUUCCUGCGCAAGAAAUCGAAGCCGAAGAAGUGCGUUAAGAAGUUUGUGGAGUACUGCGACAUCAGCAAUGACAAGGCGCUGUCCCUGCAGGAGCUGAUGGGAUGCCUCGGCGUGACCAAGGAAGAAGGGGCCAAACCAGGCGAGGGUUUACCUCCCAGUAAACUAAAUCCCUCGAAGAAGCAAGGCUAAGAUCAACAUCUGAGAUUUCCCCCUUUCUCGUGGAGAAUGUGCCCUCACCAAUCGGCAAUAACGGAAACCAUAGUAUUUGCACUUUGUACUUUAAAAGAAAAAAAAAUGUAAAUUCACUUUGUAGAAAUAAGGUAUUUAAACAGACUGCUGAAUCUGUGAAUGAUGUAGUUAGCUUUUUAUGUUCUGACAAACAAAAGAUAUUUAACACAUACAAUGUAUGUGCCCUUUGUGUGUCUAAAAAAGUGUACUUUUCAAAGUUGUACAAGUUUUCGUGUCUGACGUUUAAUUUUGUGCCCCUUUUGCUCCCAUGUUGUUAAUACUGCAGCGUAUUUAGUUUGCAACACAGUAACAAUGACCAUACCGUGACUCAUGUACUGACCUGUUAAAUCCCUUUUCCUGUGCUUUCUAAAGCAGUUUGUGAGAAUGUUUUCUUUCUUUUUCUUUUUCUUUUUUCUUUCUUUUUUUUUAAGAUUUGUCAUAAAAACGUCCUACAUGUCUUCAUAUAUUCAUGUUUAUUAGAAAUAAAGAUCUCUUUUAUA